AUGAAUUUAGCGACCCGAAGGAGAGACCGCGGAACCACACAACUCCACGCAAAGAGAGCUCUACUCCUGUGUACUCUUCUGUGUUGCACUUGUUCUUCAGGACUCACACAAGCGCUAUCUCAAGAUGUGGAUGUGUUGCAGCGGCUGGCUCUUCGCCUUGAGCAGGGUUCUCGCUCUGUCCCAUUUGGUGUCAUCCCACUUCGCUCCAGCAUUAUCCUCACAGCACGGGCACGUGUCACUGCUGCCACACGCUCCAUAUUCCCACAGACUUUCUCCUGGAACAGCACACUCUUGUUAAGCAUUCGCUCACAUCGUGCCAACUCUGCGUUCCUUUUCUCCGUUUUCUCCGGCUCACGCCUCCAGUUAGGCUUGCAGUUGUUGCCAGAUGACAUUAAACUAUAUGCUGGGCCUGACAACUCAGUUCGUUUUCCAUAUCACCUUCAUGAUGGCCGCUGGCACCACCUGGCCCUUGUUCUUGCUGGCCAGACAGCCACUCUACAACCUGCUUGUGACAAUGGCAGCAGUAGAACAACCCAAGAAUUUCCAAUACUCCCACCAAUUCACCUGGACCCCCGCAGCACCUUCCGACUGGGUGGAAGCAGUGCUCUCCUACCUGGCAUUGAACCCUUUGAGGGUGCAGUGUGCCAGUUUGAUGUGAUACCCGCAGGACAAGUAGAUUAUUGCAGGGCUAUUCGCAAGCAGUGCAGAGAAAAUAACUCCAACCGACCAGCACCACCCUCUCCAAUUUUACCCUCCGUAAUGGAGCAGUCAUCCAUAUCCCAUCAUACUCUUGCAGUCAUACCCACUCUAUUUCCCUUGACAACCCUGAAUGGCUCUGUCACACCUAGAAUCAGAGCCAACCUUGAUUCUGAAGGGUUUCGAGCCACAUCGACUCCUCAUAUACCCCAAACUCAGAUAGGACUUGAACUGCCACCAAGCUUGAAUGCUGUCACACCUCCACCAACUUUCAAAGUGCUGCCCCAAAAAAUCCCCAAACCCACAGCCUCCAAGCCCAUGCUAGGAAAAUCUAUAGCUGCCACCAAACAUCCAGGGAUCAGGCACACUACAGCAAAAGCUCAAACUAAAACUGUUACUGUGAAAUCAUUACACGUGUCUGCAAGUCCAAAACCUACUGAUUCAAAUACCAUUAAUGUAUCAAAACCCAACAGUUUGAAAAACACAAUCAUAUCAAAAGCCUUAAGCUCAAAACCCACCAGUGCAUCAAAACCUAACAGAUCAAAACCCACUAGCAUGUCAAAAACAUCUAACUUAAAACCCAGUGGUUUAUCAAAACCUGCUAGCAUAAAACCUACAAACCUAUCAAAACCCAUCAAUUCAAAACAUACAGCCUCCAAACCAGCAUUAGUCAAGCCAUCUAAACCCACAAUAGAAAAAUCUAUAGCCACCAAACCCACAAAUCCAAAAGGGUCUGUUUCCAAUCUGCCACCAUCUAAACCUCCAUUACAAACAACCAAGAAAAAAAUCACAGCAAAAUCUCCAGUAACCCCUACUGUCAGUUCCAAUAAGCACCAAUUAAACCUAUCAGCAUCUUUAUCUAACAAGGUUUUAACUACUCCCAAGAUUUUAAGCCCUUUGUCAACUAAAAAGGUCCCAAGAAAUACCCAACAGGUACCCAGACAUAUGACUUCCAUGCCCAGGACCACAUCUAUCAUCCCUGUUGUUUCAAAGAUGCCUCAAAACACUUUAGUAAAACCUACCAAAAGCUCAGUGGUACAUUUUACUACAUUAGCCCCAGUGCCUGGGACAGUUCUUCCUGCUGAUGGACUUCAGGCUUGGGAUUUGGAUCUAGGACUUUUUGCUGCUCCGAUUGGACCGCCAGGGCAAAAGGGAGAAGUUGGACCUGUGGGAAUUCAAGGACCACCAGGAAAACCAGGAGCACCAGGAAAAAGUGGACCACAGGGACCACCCGGACCACAUGGUAAUCCAGGAAGACCAGGUCUCCCAGGCUUAAAGGGGAAGAAGGGUGACCCUGGACUCUCACCUGGAAUAGCGCCUAAAGGAGAGAAAGGAGAUCCUGGGAUUAUUGGUCCUGUUGGUUUAACUGGUGUAGAGGGUCAAAAGGGACAAAAUGGACAUCCGGGACCAGCUGGUCUCCCAGGGGAAGUGGGGGAGAGAGGUUCUGAUGGAAGUGCUGGUGCCAAAGGUUAUCCUGGCAGGCAGGGGCUUCCAGGUCCCAUAGGUCCUCUUGGGCCAAAAGGCGCUCGGGGUUUUAUUGGCAUCCCAGGCCUUUUUGGUUUACCAGGACCUGAUGGUGAAAGAGGUAGUCCUGGUCCUCCAGGGAAGAUGGGCAAGAUGGGUACGCCGGGUUUUCCAGGUGAUUUUGGUGAGAGGGGACCCCCAGGAGCUGACGGAGAGCCUGGUAUUAUUGGUGCCAUUGGCCCUCCUGGAGUACCUGGACUGAUUGGUGACAUGGGCCCAGCUGGUGUCGUUGGUUUACCAGGACUGAUUGGACUGAAGGGUGUUGCUGGAAACAUGGGCGAGUCUGGACUGAAAGGUGAUAAGGGUGAAAUCGGGCUCCCUGGGCAGCAAGGGGUGACCGGGUUCCAGGGAGACAAGGGAAUUCAGGGUAUAUCAGGGUUGCCAGGUCCUCGUGGAAAACCUGGCCCUCAGGGUAGACAAGGAGAGAAAGGGCCUGAUGGGGUCCCUGGCCCUCCUGGUCCUGAGGGUUUCCCUGGUGACAUUGGACCACCUGGACAAAAUGGGCCUGAGGGAGAAAAGGGUGUACCUGGAAUGAGGGGGUUACCAGGACCUCGCGGAGUUGCAGGACGAGAGGGAGAUGAGGGUCCACUUGGACUACCUGGACCGACAGGACUGGAGGGUCUUAUGGGCAAAACCGGUUUUCCUGGAAAGGUCGGACCUGAAGGAGUUAAGGGGGAACAAGGAGACACAGGGAAGGCUGGUCCAGUGGGAGAGAGAGGUUUGGUUGGCUUUGUGGGACCAGUAGGGGAACCUGGUUUAGCAGGAGAAAAGGGUGAUCGAGGAGCCACAGGAUUGCCUGGACCACCAGGUGAAAAAGGAUCUACUGGCCAUCCAGGGACUCCUGGAGAAGCUGGACCUCCUGGACCACCAGGUUCACCAGGUGCUCGUGGAUCACAAGGCCCUGCUGGCACUCGAGGUCCAAAGGGAAGACGGGGCCCACGAGGGUUGGAUGGUCUGAUUGGCGAGGCUGGCACUGAGGGCAAAAAGGGUCCUGUUGGUCCGCCUGGAAAAGUCGGGAUUCCAGGAGAGCAGGGGAAGAUCGGCGAGCCAGGAGAGACAGGGCCGAAAGGAUUUCCGGGAAUCCCAGGUUCUUCAGGAGCUCCAGGAGAAAAAGGGAUUGCAGGAGAGCCAGGACCCCCAGGGAUACCAGGAACAAUAGGGCCUCUUGGGAACAUUGGACCAAAGGGUCCACCAGGAAAAGUGGGAGACAUGGGAGCCUCUGGUGAACCAGGAGAAAAGGGCACGGCUGGAGUCGAAGGGAAUGCUGGAGCUCCAGGCUUCAUCGGACCCAGGGGAGAGCCAGGUUUAGAGGGUGAACAUGGUCCUGCUGGUCCUGAUGGUGCAAAGGGUGAAAAGGGUGACAUGGGGCCAGAGGGUGAAACUGGUGUGAGGGGUGAACCAGGGAUCAAAGGCAAAGAGGGACCACCAGGUGAUCCUGGACUCACUGGAGUCAGAGGUCCUGAAGGGAAGCCAGGGAAAAUGGGUGAGAUGGGAAAGCCUGGCCUCAAGGGAGCAAAGGGCAACAUGGGACACCUGGGUGAGACAGGAACAGCAGGGAAAGCUGGACCGGUUGGAACCAUUGGACCAAAAGGCUCAAGAGGAACUACUGGACCUGUGGGUGCCCCAGGACGGAUGGGACAACAGGGAGAUCCAGGUCUAGCAGGGUAUGAGGGUCACCAGGGGCCACAGGGUCCUAUAGGGCCUACAGGACCAAAAGGUGUAAAGGGCGAACAGGGAGAUGAUGGGAAAAUAAUAGGUCCUCCUGGUCCUUCUGGACUUCGAGGGCGCAUUGGUGACCGAGGUGACAGAGGGGAACCAGGAGAUCCAGGAUACCUAGGUCAGCAAGGGGUAGAUGGAGUUCGAGGCAAAGUUGGUGCACCUGGACUACCUGGUCACCCUGGACCUCCUGGACAACAAGGCCCCAAAGGAUCAAAAGGGGAGCAGGGUCAAAAGGGUAAACAGGGUCAACAAGGAGAACGUGGAAGUAGAGGAUCACCAGGUGUGGUUGGCUUGCCAGGUCCAAGGGGUGUGAUUGGUCGAGAGGGCCGGGAGGGCAUUUCUGGUGUCGAUGGCAUUCCUGGGAAGGAUGGAACUAAAGGAAUACCAGGUGACCAAGGAGAUGAUGGAGAGUAUGGACUUCCAGGGAAAUCGGGAGCAAGGGGGAAAAUUGGUGUUCCAGGUUUACCAGGAGAUCAGGGUUCAUUUGGGCUAAAGGGUGAACGAGGUCUCCUAGGUCAUCCUGGGACUUCAGGGAAAAGAGGAUUUAAAGGAGGAAUGGGACUGCCAGGAGCUCAGGGGGAUCCAGGGCCCAAAGGGCAACCAGGAGAUUUCGGAGAGCCUGGAUUUCCAGGGAUACUAGGAAUAUUUGGUCCAAAGGGGCCUCCAGGAGACGUAGGGCCAAAAGGCAUUCGUGGACCUAAAGGUCCCCCUGGCCAAUCGGGUAAAGUGGGAGUGAUUGGUCCUGUUGGUAUAAUUGGACCACAUGGCAGUCCAGGCCCUAGAGGAGAUUCUGGUAGCAGCGGAGCAAUGGGUGCUCAGGGGCCAAGGGGUGCUCCGGGACAUCGAGGACCUCCUGGACCACCGGGACCUCCCAGGAUUUCAAAAUCCUUUGUGGCAGAUCUAAUGGAUUUUCCCAUGGACCGAGCUCCAGACAUCUUACAGACUUUACAAUAUCUUAAUUUGCUUGUUCUCAGUCUGAAGAAUCCACUAGGAACAAAGGAUCAUCCGGCUCGCCUCUGCCGGGACCUUAUAACCUGCCAACACAAAUUCAACGAUGGCACUUACUGGAUUGACCCAAACCUGGGUUGUCCCACUGACUCUAUAGAAGUGACAUGCAACUUCACAAGAGGCGGGCUCACCUGCCUUAGACCAAUUACUGUGUCCAAGCUGGAGUUUAGAGUUCAGUUUGUCCAAAUGAACUUCCUCCACCUGCUGGCUUCAAGGGCAGAGCAGCGUAUCAUUAUCCACUGUCUUAACAUCACCAUCUGGAGCUCCACUCCCACUCAGACUCCUUCCAAGAAUGCAGUGAGGUUCAUGGCAUGGAAUGGAAUGAUGCUGGAACCAGAAGUGUUGGAGGACACAUGCUGGCACCGUGAUGGCCUUUGGAGGAAUGCUAUCUUUCUCUUCAGAGUGACAGAAGCCUCACUACUUCCAAUCAAAAACAUUGCUAAUCUGCCGAAAACCGCAUCCAUGUCACGCUAUCACAUGGAGGUCGGACCUGUGUGUUUCGUGUAGUGUGUACACGUGAAUUGGUAUGCAUACAGUAUGUGUGUCCACUUCCUUGCACACUAUAACCGGCUGAAGCUACCCACGUCACAGCCGCUGUAGUAUUCAGCCACUGAUUGGACUGCAGAAACAGGAAGAAGGUGGUGUGACUGGGGCUUCUGGGGGAUGUAGCACUAUAAGACUGUGGAGGAGAAAUCCAAGACCUUCUGGCCUUAGAUGUCAUAUGAGUGAAGACUCUAAGAAUAUGACCCAGUUUAUAUACUGUAGGAACAAGGCAUAUAGGCCAGGGUGAUACUGCCAC